AUCGCCCAUCGGCCUAAUUAAGGACGUCAUCGGAGAUCAUCGGCUUUAGAAAACUGGUCGAUCACAACGAUGAUCGAGUCACCGAGCAGCUCACUCUCCUUCUCUCUCAUCGUUCAUCUCGACGUAGACCCAUGAACGCCGACUCUCUCCAAGGCCGGCUCCUCUUCGCCAUCCCCAAGAAAGGGAGACUGCACGAGAAGUGUCUGAGUCUGCUUUCCGGCGCCGACAUACAAUUCCGGCGGCACAAUAGAUUAGAUGUCGCACUGGUCCAGAACCACCCGAUCGCGCUCGUGUUCCUGCCCGCGUCCGACAUCCCGUCCUUCGUCGGCAAGGGCAAUGUCGAUAUUGGGAUCACCGGGCACGACGUGAUUCUCGAGGCGCAGAUGCAGGACCACGUCACAGAGGAGCUGCGCCUGGGUUUCGGGAAAUGCGCGCUGCAGGUGCAGGUCCCCGAGUCGAGCCCGUACAAAACGGCCGACGAUCUGGCCGGCAAGCGUGUCGUGACGAGCUUCGAGGUACUCGCGGGGUCGUAUUUCGACAAGCUGGACGAAAAAGCGAAUCUCUCGGGAGAUCAAAAGACACAGAUCGAGUACGUCGGCGGAAGCGUCGAGGCUGCGUGUGCAUUAGGAUUGGCAGAUGGAAUCGUCGAUCUCGUCGAAUCGGGGGAUACGAUGCGCGCGGCGGGUCUGCACGCAAUCGCGACGCUGCUCCAAAGCGAAGCCGUCCUCAUCAAGUCGACGGUGCAGAAACACCCCGACUUUGCGCCGCUCAUCCAGCUCGUGACGCGCAGAAUAGCGGGAGUCAUCGCCGCUGGAAAAUACGUUAUCUGCCAGUACAAUAUUCCGCGCGACAAACUUCCUGCGGCGGCGGGCAUCACGCCGGGCCGGCGGGCUCCGACAGUGAGCUCGAUCGAGGAGGAGAACUGGGUCGCCGUCAGCGUGAUGGUGGAGAAGAAGCAGGUCGCCAAUGUGAUGGACGAGUUAGAGAAAAUCGGGGCGGAAGAUAUCUUGACUUUCAGCCUGGACAAUUGCAGAGUCUGAAUAUAGAUCCUGAUUCAGAUGAUAGCUGCAAAGGUUGCCAGUGUCCGGGCAAAAACGAAUACUGUCUGAGCUUGUUGAACACAUGUUGCCUUAUUCGAAAAAGGCUUUUGUUUUUCAUCCCCGCGCACGGCUGAAAAGGUCGAGGCACCGGAAAACGUUCGGAGGCCUUGACCAGGUUGAAUUCUCCCGGCGCUAUAAGUCAACCAGACACUCGGAUUUCUCAACUGUCAAAA